UUUGAUGGUCUGAUUCGUCUGUCCUUUUAGAAGAGUCUAGUGGGCUUUGCUUCUUCGUCUUGCUUCGGCAUCGGUCCUCUCCAGUCUCCUCUGUUCUCUCUGUAUUUCCAGGUUCCAACCCAUUGUCGUCCGUCUCUAGUUCUCACACCCAGAAACUCUAGCCACCCUUCUCAGAAAUUUCUUUCUCGUAAAUAGCCUCAAAUAUCCUCUUGCUGUUCCUCUUUGUGUGUAGGGUAUCAAUGGCCAACAGAUCUUUCGAGAAAGAAGAAGAAUAUGUAGGACAGGAACAAGAAGAUACUCAACAUUAUGAUGAUCAUGAUAAUGAAGACGAGGAAGAAGAAGAAGAGCAGGAGCUAGAAUAUAGAAGGAAGAAGGUGAUGAUAAGGGUUGUCUCAGCUGGGCAGAGACUAAGUGCUUUGGCGCCCUUUGUAAAUUGUAGUAGUAUUAGUAGCAUUGGCUCAUUACGUUGCCAGGCUGAUGAAUGUGGUGUGGAAUUGCGAAUGGCGAAGGCAUAUCACAAGCGCCAUAAGGUUUGCGAGCGCCACGCCAAGGCGGCUGUGGUUUUGGUCAGCGGCCUUCGCCAGAGGUUUUGCCAGCAGUGUAGCAAGUUUCAUGAAAUUUCACAGUUUGAUAAUAACAAAAAGAGUUGUCGGGAAAAGUUAGCCGGUCAUAAUGAGCGUCGGAGAAAAACACAUACAGAACUUCAGGCAGAGGAUGAUGAACAGAAGCUAUCAGAGCCCAGAAUGAAUGGCAGCUUGCUGAAAGCCAUGAGGUAUUCGGAUUAUGGAAACAUGAGUUUUCAAGGGAGCUCAAACAUGAAGCAUUCUUGCAGUAAAUGACUGUAAGUUGUUCUCCAACUCUGUUUUGAUAUAUAUAUAUCACUCAUUUCUGAUGCAUUUUUCUCUUUGAUCGGCAGCCUGCUUAUUUUAUGCCCGACACAAUUUAGUGAUCAAUAGCCCUAGUUGUAGCUUAGCAAUAUGUAUUUUAAGCCUAGGAUUGAAGUUAAGGUUUAGUAGCAUAGGAUAAUUUAUCUUGAUAUCUACUUUGUGAUUCACUCCCAGAAGUGAUUUUAAUUUGGCAUCUUGGGUUCUUCAUUAACGGGUAAUUGAUAUUCUUUUCUCUAUAAUCGAGUUGGUUCUUUUCUCCAUGAAUGACAGAAUUCAUUAAUCUAAGGCAUCAAGUUAGUUUUCUUAACCCUUGCUCCAUAGAGCAAGAGGCAGUCACACUAAUUGUAUGUGAAACAACAUGCCUAUGGUUGCAUAAUGUAAACCUACUAAAAUCUUUGCAUCAUUAAUGGAUGGAACUAGGGGUGAGGAGAGA